AUGUCAGUGAACACUUCCACUGCAUGCAAAGGUGUGGAUCCAAACGCGGUUGAUACUUAUGACAGUGGCGAUGAUUGGGAAAUCGGGGUUGGAAAUUUAAUAAUCGAUUUGGACGCCGAUUUGGAGAAGGACAGACAGAAAUUUGAGAUGAAUAAUUCCACCAAUACCACCACCAGCAGCAGCAGCACCAGCUCCAAGGAUUGUGGGGGUCUGGCUUCCAGUGGGGCUAAUGCUACCUCAGCCUUAGCUGAUGGCCUAAAAUUUGCUUCUGUUCAGCCCCCUGCCCCCCAGGGGAAUUCCUCUCACAAAGAGACUAGCAAAUCAAAAGUGAAAAGGAGUAAAACUUCUAAGGAUGCUAAUAAAUCUCUGCCUUCUGCUGCCUUGUAUGGGAUUCCUGAGAUCAGCAGUGCUGGCAAGAGGCAGGAAGUCCAAGGGCGCCCUGGAGAGGCAACUGGCAUGAAUUCAGCACUGGGUCAAAGUGUGAGCAGCAACCCAAACGGCAAUAAUAACAACACCAGCAACAACAACCCUAUUGCCUCUUGCGGGAAAAACAAAGAGGAGAAACCAGGUAAAACCCAGGGCAGCAGAGGCUCCAAGCGGGAUAAGGAUGCGGGGAAAUCCAGGAAGGACAAGCAGCAUGACCUGCAGCAGGGCCACCCCAACGGUGGGGGUGGCAGCAGCCAAGCUCCCUCUGGGCACCUGUAUGGCUUCGGGGCCAAGGGAGGCGGUGGUGGGAGCAACAGCCCCUUCCACUGCGCCUCCUCCACGGUGGGGGAGGUGAGCAAAAGCACCCCGGAUUCAGGGUUAAUGGGGAACUCUAUUUUGGUAAAGAAGGAAGAGGAGGAGGAGGAGAACCACAGGCGAAUCAAGAAAUUGAAAACAGAAAAGGUUGACCCCCUGUUUACAGUGCCUGCACCUCCACCUCCGAUUUCCAGCAGUAUCACGCCUCAGAUUCUGCCUUCCUACUUUUCCUCCUCUUCAUCCAAUAUUGCUGCACCAGUUGAACAGCUUUUGGUACGGACUCGUUCAGUGGGUGUAAAUACUUGCGAGGUUGGAGUAGUAACAGAACCCGAAUGCCUUGGACCCUGUGAGCCUGGGACCAGUGUGAACUUGGAAGGGAUUGUGUGGCAUGAAACCGAAGAAGGUGUCCUAGUGGUAAAUGUUACAUGGCGGAACAAGACUUAUGUCGGGACCCUGCUGGAUUGUACAAAGCAUGAUUGGGCCCCUCCCAGGUUUUGUGAAUCGCCAACAAGUGACCUGGAAAUGCGAGGAGGUCGGGGGAGAGGAAAGCGAGCAAGGUCUGCUGCAGCUGCACCUGGAAAUGAUGUUAGCUUUACAGAGUCAAGAGGACUGCAGAACAAGAACAGGGGUGGUGCCAAUGGGAAGGGGAGGCGAGGCAGCCUUAAUUCAAGUGGACGCAGGACACCCCCAAAUUGUGCAGUGGACGAUGUCAAAGCCAGCCCCUCAUCCACGAAUAAGAGGAAAAAUAAGCCUCCAAUGGAGCUAGACUUGAACUCCAGUUCAGAGGACAAUAAAUCUGGAAAGCGCAUUCGCACCAAUUCUAGAAGCACUCCAACCACCCCACAGGGGAAACUUGAGACUACUUUUUUGGACCAAGGCUGCUCUUCUCCAGUAUUGAUUGAUUGCCCUCACCCCAAUUGCAACAAAAAGUACAAGCACAUUAAUGGACUGCGUUACCACCAGGCUCAUGCACAUUUAGAUCCAGAAAACAAACUGGAGUUUGAGCCUGACAGUGAAGAUAAAAUUUCAGACUGUGAGGAAGCAUUAAGUAAUGUGGCACUUGAAUGCAGUGAGCCAAGCACAAGUAUAUCAAGUUUUGAUCAGCUAAAAGCACCAACAUCUCCUUGCCCUCUUAAUACCCCUGGGACACCCAAGGGGAAAAGGGACUUGACCAAUAAUGGCCCAACUUCAGUCAUCAGUUCUAAAACUGGCAAGAAUUCUGGUAAAAAGAAGGGCCCAAACAGUGAAUUGAACAGCCUUCCUGUAAUUUCUAAUAUGGCAGCCACGCUGGACAAUUGCUCAGUAGCAGAUGGCAGUUUGGCCUCUGAAAUGCCCAAACUGGAAGCUGAAGGAUUAGUAGACAAGAAAAAUGUGGGAGAUAAAGACAAGGGCAAAAAAGCCAAUACUUGCAAAGUGGAUAAAAAUCUGUCAAAACUUAAAACAGCCAGGCCCAUUGCCCCAGCUCCAGCUCCUACUCCUCCCCAAUUAAUAGCUAUACCCACUACAGCCUUUACAACGACCACUACAGGGACAAUACCAGGAUUGCCCUCACUCACAACCACUGUUGUUCAGGCUACACCAAAGAGCCCUCCGUUAAAACCUAUUCAACCAAAGCCCACAAUUAUGGGAGAGCCAAGCACUGUAAACCCAGCUCUCACAUCACUCAAAGACAAAAAGAAAAAGGAGAAGAGAAAGCUGAAGGACAAAGAAAGCAAAGAGACUGGAAGUCCUAAAAUGGAUUCUAAGCUGGGAAAGCUAGAGGAUUCAAAAGGGUCUGGGAAAGAUUUAUCUGGACAUUUUUUAAAGGACCAUCUCAACAAGAAUGAAGUGUUAGCUAAUGGACUGUCAGAGUCUCAAGAGAGCAGGAUGGCAAGUAUUAAAGCUGAAGCGGAUAAGGUUUACACUUUCACAGACAAUGCACCCAGCCCUUCUAUAGGGAGUGCCUCCAGAAUGGAAUGCAGCACUUUGGUGAAUGGACAAUCUUCUUUGGCGCCACUGCAUGUGUUGACACAAAAUGGUGCAGAUAGUGCAGCUGCUAAAACCAACAGCCCAGCUUACUCUGAUAUUUCUGAUGCUGCAGAUGAUGGUGGUUCUGACAGCAGGUCAGAGGACAUGAGGUCAAAGGCCAGCUCUCCUUCAGAUAUUAUUUCUAAUAAGGAAAGUGUUGUAAAAGGACAUUCUUCAAUCACAGCACAAUCAUCACAAGUAAAAGAGUCCCAUUCUCCCUAUUACCAUGGCUACGAUCCUUAUUAUUCUCCAAGUUACAUGCACUCUGGACAAGUCAGCACCCCUGCAGCUGGGAACAGCAGUACCUCACAGGGACUGAAGAUCAAAAAGGAGGCCGAGGAAGAGGCUGAAAAGAAAGACAAGACAGAAGCAUCAGAUUCCAAGAAAAAUGAUACUAAUUCCACUAAUUUACAGCCUCAGCAUCAGUCAGUAAUAACUCAGAGACAUCCUGCACUUGCCCAGUCACUUUAUUAUGGACAGUAUGCCUAUGGGCUUUACAUGGACCAAAAGUCCUUAAUGGCCUCUAACCCUGCCUAUAGGCAGCAGUAUGAAAAAUAUUAUGAGGACCAGAGACUGGCAGAGCAGAAAAUGGCACAAACUGGGAGAGACUGUGAAAGGAAGAGCGAACCUUCACUGAAGGAACUAGGAAAGGAUGACAACAAGCAGAAAAAUAUCCCCUCUGCUACUAUCUCAAAGGCUCCUUCAGUUCCAGAGACAAGCAAAAAUAACACUAAAAUAGGGUUAUCAGUCCCCAGCAAAGCUGAAGAGACAAGCAAAUCACAGAUUCUUUCCAAUCACCAGCAGCAGCUUCAGUCUGAUAGCUUCAAAGCCAAACAAAUGGAAAACCAUCAGCUUAUAAAGGAGGCUGUGGAAAUGAAAUCUGUUAUGGACUCAAUGAAACAGACAGGAGUAGAUCCUACCACAAGAUUUAAACAGGACGCAGAUUCAAGAACAUGGCAUCAUUAUGUCUACCAGCCCAAAUACCUUGAUCAGCAAAAAUCAGAAGAACUUGAUCGGGAGAAAAAACUAAAAGAAGACAGCCCUCGAAAAACACCUAAUAAGGAAGGUUCCAUAUCCAACCUCCCUGUCUCAUUAACAAGCAUUAAAGAGGAACCGAAAGAGGUCAAGCGUUCUGAUUCCCAGUCAUUGGAGGAGAGCAAGAUCAAAACCGAUGAUCGAAAGACUCCUGUAAAUUGGAAGGACUCUCGGGGUGCUAGAGUGGCCGUUUCCUCACCAAUGAGUCAGCAUCAGUCAUAUAUACAGUACUUGCACGCUUAUCCUUACCCACAGAUGUAUGAUCCCAACCAUCCUGCAUACCGUGCAGUCUCUCCUGUUCUAAUGCACAGCUAUCCUGGGGCCUAUCUCUCGCCAGGAUUUCAUUAUCCUGUUUAUGGGAAGAUGUCAGGGAGAGAAGAGGCGGAGAAAGUCAAUACCAGCCCUAGCAUCAACGCAAAAUCAACCACUGAAUCUAAAGCACUGGAUUUGCUCCAGCAGCAUGCCAACCAGUACCGCAGCAAGUCCCCUGCCCCUGUGGAAAAAUCUACAGCUGAGCGUGAGCGGGAAGCAGAGAGGGAGCGAGAUCGUCACUCCCCCUUUAGCCAGCGGCACCUUCAUACACACCACCACACACACGUUGGAAUGGGCUACCCACUUAUACCCGGGCAAUAUGACCCAUUUCAAGGGUUGACCUCUGCUGCCCUUGUUGCCACUCAGCAGGUGGCUGCUCAGGCAUCUGCAUCUGGUAUGUUUCCUGCACAAAGAAGGUAA